AGAUUUGGUUGUCACUACGCCGUUUUCUGGCGACGCGGUGGUUAAAACAGACGGCGCACGGCCACUGCGCUGCGUGAGGCAGGCAGCUCGGCUUCAGUGGUAGUCAAAGAUGGCGGAUCUCCUUGUGUGAAGAGAAUAUUGUCGCACUCUUUCGCAACCGUAACGCGUUAGAUUUCAACGGUAAAUCGCACAUUGCUGCGAUUAUUUGACACUAGUUGGAGGGAAAUUUAUUUUGGGCGCAUGCAGCGUGAUACAGUUCCUGACGGUUUCAUGUUUGACGAAGUUUCGGCGGUUACCUACACUUCGUCGUACUUUACCGUACAGACCACAUUAUUUAAGAUGCCACGCACCAGAAAACACUAUUCAAGGAGCUGGUCCCACAGCAGAACUGCUUCAAGAUCUCGCUCAAGAUCACGAAGCCGCACCCCAUCCUAUUCAAGGUCCAGUUCCCAUGAGCGAGCCUUGAAACGUCACCGCCAUGUGGACAUCUGUGACAGUCCUUACAAAGCUUCGUACAGGUUUGUGGUUUGUUGUUGUCGACGGGUCAUGGGUAUUGGUUACAAGAUAUAGUUAAACGUAACUAUCGAUUAUUUUUAAAAUCUAGGAAUUUUUAAAGUAAAUUUAUAGAUUUUUGGGGGAGUAAGAGUUCAAGACUUUAAAGAAUAGUUUGCCUGGGGCCCAAGAGUCUCUUAAUUGCUUUGCAACAUAUUUUAGGCGGGGAUGUGCCACUCUUUGAGUUUCGCCUAACUUUCUCCAAGUUCUAUUAGUUCAGAACCAUAAAACUUCUCUGUGACAUAAGGUUACCACAUCAAAUCCAAUUUCAACCAAUAAAGGGUGUGCCCGUUGGAAAAAAUGACCACCAGGCAGGAUCUGGGAGUCCACACCAAAACAGA